CGCAAAGACAGCAUAUCGAGCCCGUUCAAUUUCCAACACAUCACCCAUACGCCGCGCCAGCAUCUCGUUCAACUACAAGACGUCUCCCAGCAGGAGCUCGCCGCCAAAUUCUGGGCCUUGUCCACCGCCGAGACCAUGCCUGCAGCGACAGCACCGCGCGUCCGUCUGCGCGCGGAUGAACUGCGCGAGAAGAUCCAUCGUGAGAUGGGCAUUCCCAAGCUCCCACCCCCAUCGCAUCUAGGCCUGUUGAUCUCGACGUCGUCGCCAGCGCUGCCUCGACCGUCCUUGCCGACAAACACCACCGUCAUGCGCACCGGAGCGCGCCCACACACCGCAUGGUCGGCAUCGAAUCGAAGCCCGACCUCCCUGCACAGCCCCGAUGGAUACGCCUCGCCCUUCGACUUUGGCAACAAGUCGGACCACCACGAUCCGGACGCUGUGGUGAUGAGCGCGAGUGCGCUUCCUCCUCGCAGACAGUCGCUCUCGGCACCCAAGCUGAUGAAAAGCAUGGCGCUGAGCUCUCCGGUCGUGGCGUCAGGUUUCGUCCACGAGCUCCCCGGCGACUCUCCAACCCUGGAGCGGUCGCUUUCCAAGCCGUUGCCGCCACUGACUCACCGCGACGAGACCGUACCUUCCAAGAGCCGGUCGAACUCUGUACAUACGCCCGGCGACCUCAAGUCUUCUCGCACACGGUCAUUCGCGGUCUCUAAGCUAAAUCCGAAGCGAAUUUCGAGGUCGUUGCCGCGUUCGACAAAGCUUGCGCGCCUCUCAGAAGAGAUGCAUGUCCCAGACAUCUUCGACGAUUCCAAUUGGGAGGCCGACGUCGACUUCUGUUACCAACAUUCGGCGGAAUCCACCUGUGAUUUCGACUGGUCGUUUGUUGACUUGAGCGUCCCAAGACCCGAGGGGGGACGCAGCUUGUGUGAGAGCUUGGACAGUGCAAACGUACCCGGUCAAACACUGUCUUCCAAGACCUCCAACGUUUCGACCGGCGCCUCUGUUAACGUGUCCGACGCGCGAACGCCGUCACCCGUCUCGGAGCGCUUCGGAGCGGAUCACCAGCGAGGCCCUUCGGUCGGACAUCGCGGAUUUCUCGCCGCGAGAAAUGGCGGGACGGCACCCACGACACCGGUGCUGGAUCUCAGCAUGCUCGACCGCGACUACGGGUGCGAGUCUCCUGCGCUCGGUCGAGGCCUCAUGAGCUUUCCUCACGCUAUUCCGCAGAGCAACGGGUCCAAGUGGUCGCCUCGUGUCGACAGCGCCAACGCUGAAUACCCUAGCGAUGAAGAGUGCAUCCUCACCGGUGUCCAUCUCUCGGGGCUGAGCCUCUCUUCGAAGAACCUGUCGCGCGUUGUCGCGGAUGACAGCGCCGUGCGCUCGUCCACAAGGCCUCCCGGAACCUGUCCCACCGAGCCGCCACAACGCAGGAGGAGCAAGUCGGCCGCGAGCAGUUCGACCCGUCCUCUGGUAGCCCCUUGGCCGUCGGCCCAAUUGCCGUUCGCACCUUCGCUGCUGGUCACCAUGCCUUCGUCAGACACAGCGGCAGCGAGACCAUCGCUACCGCGUCGACCAUCGACCCCGCAGCGAUUCUCCAGGCUCUUGGACUCGCCAAUCCACGUCUGACGUCUUCAAGGCAUCGACCUUUUGUUUUACUGCAUCUCAUUCAAUCUGUGCCGCGUUUGGGCGGUUGUUACAUUAUGUUGAUUUAUUCUAAUUUCUGGGCAUCUGCCCUGGUGCAAGCGCUGGCGUUUCGGAGACAAUGGAGGGACUAGGCCGGCUAUGGGAGGGUUGUGAUCUAUAUGUGUGCCUGAUGAUAAUGAGGGAUGAUCUCUGCCUUCGAGACGGGGAACUUGAUGGGAAGCUCAGCUGGAUAUACGAGGGCUUGGGUAGGAUGGGAUUGUACAAUUACGGUAAUGACGUCGCAUACCAAAAGUCUUUUCUUCUCCUGACGCUUGUGCCAUCGUGGGAUGACAGUCUUACACCGGUCGUCCACCUUUCCUUCCAUGCGCGGUCUGUGAGGUGAAGGAACGAUGUCUGCGAUGAUUGGGUCGACAUGGUUAUGAUCACGAU